AUGGCAGGGCCAGAGAGGACGGAUGAUUAUAUUUAUAAGGCCUUACUCGAGGCUGUGCAAAGUGGUAAUUGGAACGAUACAAAAGAAUUCCUCGAGGCCCACCCAGCUGCAUUGACAGCAGAUAUAUUAACUAGGGGUGGAACAGUUCUUCACGCUGCUGUUGAGGUUGAACAGGAAGAUAUAGUGGAUGAGUUGGUCAAAAUGAUUUCGGAAGGUGAUUUGAGAAAGCAAGAUUAUUUCGGCGAUACAGCUCUACAUCGGGCAACUAUUUAUGGGAAUCAGAGGAUGGCAGAGUGUCUGAUUACAAAGAACACGAGCUUGGUCAGCAUUACAAGUAAUAAUAAACCUGGACUUCCAGUUUCUCUGGCUAUGGGCUUGGGGCAUAAAGAAUUGGCUCGCUAUCUCUAUUCUCAAACUCCGUUCGAAGAUUUGGCUCGUCAUGGUGCUUCACUUCUUUUCCAUUGUAUUUAUAACAGAGAUUUGGAUAUGGCUUUGGAUUUAAUGGAGCGUUGUCCUCGUUUGGCUUUUGCCUCGGACGGACAAUAUAUGUCCCCUUUGGAGGCACUGGCUGUUUCGACUGAAGCAUUCGAGAGUGGAGAUUAUGGGAUGGUGUUUUGGAAACAAUGGAUCUACAAUCACCGUAUACAUGACAUUUCAUUCGCAGAUUUAGCUAUUGCUGCCGAUCAAUUCCGUUUGAACGUUCAAAAUCAUGGUCAGGAAAAUACAACCGGAUCGGUGCGAGCUGAUCUAUGGCGCCAUCUAGUUUCAAGUCUCUUCAACCUCUUGGGAUUCAAGCGUUUAUAUGAAAUAAAGUUGGUACGAGCUAAAUUCCAACAACUUCUGGACGUUAUGUGUCGAGCAAGCCAAAGAAGUCCAAAAGAUAAUGAUAUUUUAUGUCGAGCAAUGUUCAGUGCUAUCAAGAGAGGGAACUUUGAAUAUGUUCAUCAUAUAAUCAAAGCAAAUCCAGAUUUUUUGUGGUUGGCUGAUGAAAGGAACAUGUUCCAAUGGGCCGUCCUACAUCGUCAACACAGGAUCUUUAGCCUUAUAUACAGCUUAAAGCAGAUGAAUGUUCUAGUAACUGCGGUAGAUUCCUCUAGAAAUAUCAUGUUGCAUAUGGCAGGGAUGGUAAUAGAAAAUACUGCUAUCGAUUCCAUAAGAGGAGCAGCUUUGCAAAUGCAAAGAGAAGUUCAAUGGUUUCAGGAGGUGGAAAGCAUUUGUCCUCCCUCUCAUAAGGAAAAGUUAAACAAAGACAAAUUGACUCCCAGACAAUUGUUUAGAAGAGACCACCAAAAUAUGAGAAAAGAGUGAGAGAAAUGGAUGAAAGGCACGGCAACUUCUUGUAUUGUGGUUGGCACUCUCAUCAUUACCAUUAUGUUCGCUGCAGCAUUUACCAUUCUUGGUGGUAACCAUCAGGAUACAGCUUGCCAAUCCUCGUGCAUGACAAACUAUUUAAAUUUUUUAUAGUAACUGAUUCUCUAUCGCUAUUUUCUUCAUCGACUUCAAUAUUGAUGUUUUUAGGAAUCCUCACAUCACGUUAUGCAGAAGAAGACUUUCUUAAAUCCUUGCCCAGAAAGAUGAUUAUAGGCCUUUUCGCUCUCUUCUUCUCUAUUGCAACUAUGAUGAUAGCCUUUUCUGCUGCUCUUUUACUUAUGUUACGUGGAAAAUACCAGAUCGUUGUUCCUAUUAUUAGUUUGGCUGGUAUUCCCGUUAUUCUAUUUGUAUUGGUGCAAUCUCGCCUUCUUGUUAAGAUGUUUAAUUCAACCUAUAGACCAGGCAUCUUUGAUAGAAAAAUGAAGCCUUGGUUUUAACUUUUUA